AUGGAUGGACUCUCCAAACCUGUGAACCACGAGUCGAGGAAACCACUGACCCGCACAGGCCGUGGGGAGAACAGGGGCGUGCGAGUGGUGAACAACCAGAAGCAUAAGCAUAGAGGGGACAGUAAAACAAGCGCAAGAAAACAAUGGGCAGCUCUACAAUCAUCGGCUAAAAGGGCAGAGUCGUCGGAGCUGUGUGGGUGGGACGGUAGACGUGGGGCAAGACGUGGGUCACUCAAAAGCCAAGAGGGUCUUCCUCCACUGCUAGCAGGAAGAAAACCACCGCCGAGCUAUCAAGCCGGAGCAAAUGUGAUCCAAAUCCAAAGAUGCUGGGGAGUCCACUGGGAAUCAGAACACUUGCCCAUCCCAAAAGGCUCUUCAGAAAACGGUCCGGAUAACGGUGCAGAAAAUGUCGCCUCGGAGACUGUAAAUGAGGGGUCACCUGGAGAUCCACAGCCAUCUGCUGCAGUGCGCCCACCAGGAAACGGUCCUACCGCAGAUCUGGCAUCUUCAAAGAGGACGUCUACAGAGGAGGACUCUAGUCUUGCUGACCAAGAACUGGGCCUCAAGCAAGCAGAAGAGCGGCUGGAGAGGGAUUAUAUCCACCGCUUGGAGAAGAGAUCUCCUGACUUCUCCAACUGCCAGUAUCUAUGCAAGCUCUGCUCCGUUCACAUCGAGAACGUCCAAGGAGCUCACAAGCAUAUUAAGGAGAAACGGCACAAGAAGAAUAUCCUGGAGAAGCAGGAGGAGAAUGAAUUGCGCUCUCUUCCCCCUCCUUCAGCAGCACAGAUUACAGCUCUGGGUGUGACUCUGGUAAAUGCAGCAAAGGAACAUGGGAUCUCUCAGGAGGACUUCCUGUCUAGGCAGGAAAUCGUUAACGAGAUGGAGAAAGUUAUCCAAAUUAAAUUGCCUGAGUGUUCCCUGAGAAUGUACGGAUCAUCGCUGACUAGAUUUGCAUUUAAAACGAGUGACCUUAACAUAGACGUAAAGUUUCCACCUAAGAUGAGCCAGCCGGAUGUUUUAAUCCAAGUUCUUGAUAUUCUAAAAAACUGCACUCGCUAUGUAGAGGUUGAAUCUGAUUUCCAUGCAAAAGUUCCUGUUGUGUUUUGCAAAGACAAGAAGAGUGGAUUACCAUGCAAAGUGAGUGCUGGAAAUGACACAGCGUGCCUUACCACCGAAUUACUGGCAGCAGUCGGCAGACUGGAGCCGGCGCUUAUCCCCUUGGUGUUGGCUUUCCGCUACUGGGCACGGCUAUGCCACAUUGACUGCCAAGCAGAAGGUGGGAUCCCGUCUUACUCUUUCGCCUUAAUGGUGGUAUUUUUCCUACAGAAAAGACAACCACCGAUCCUUCCAGCAUACUUAGGAUUCUGGGUAGACGGCUUUGAAACCAAGAGGCUGGAUGAUUAUCAUCUGAAGGGCGUAUCUGACGAGAAGUAUGUUGAAUGGGAGUACAGACCCCCCAGCAAUGAUGGCAAGAAUUUGGGGAUGGAUGGACGGGGAAGACCUGAGAACCACAGGAGGAAUGCAGGAUCUGAAGCUGAGAACAGGAGGAAUAAAGAGAAGCAUGGAAAGUGCCGCUUGGCGUUCGAGCAGUCUCACCAGGUAGCUCUUGGGCAGCUGUGGCUUGAGCUGCUUAAAUUUUACACAUUAGAGUUUGCAAUGGAAGAAUAUGUGAUCAGCGUGCGAGUACAGAGCCUGCUGAGCAGGGAGAACAAGAACUGGCCAAAAAGACGAAUAGCCAUAGAAGAUCCUUUUACACUAAAGAGGAACGUCGCGAGGAGUCUCAACAGUCAGAUGGUAUACGAGUACAUUCUAGAACGCUUCCGUGCAGCCUACAGAUAUUUUGCGUGUCCGCAAAGGAAUGAAAGGAACAAAGCCAAAGUUGACAUUAGGAAGAGGGUAAAGUCUAGCAGCCAGAAGCCUGGGGAUCUCGUGGCUAAUGGUAGCCUCCAGGAUGGUGAAAGUGAUGGUGGAGAGAUGGAAAGUCACGAUAGUUCAGAUUGUGCGUCUGAUAAAGACAUCACGGGAAGCUUAGAAAGACUACACGUGAGCGACGAGGAGGCUGUGCGUCAGGAUCCAUGUCAUUUGGAUUUGCCGUGUUUGUCUGAAGGGUUAGGGGAUACUAGAAGCAGAAAAUAUAAUGACAGAGACUCCCCAGCAGUUACAGAUGACGAUGAUGAUACUACUGAAGGAAAUCACGCAUCAGAAGAGGCAUGUUCUGCACAAGACACUUCUGCUACCUCACUCCAUCACGAAAUCUUGAAGAAUGAAGGAAACCUUGCUGAGGACGAUUUGCAUUAUAUCUUUGAUAAGCUUAUAUUAACAUCUGGAAAGCCGCCCACAAUAGUCUGCAGCAUCUGCAAGCGUGACGGCCACUCCAAAGAUGACUGCCCCGAAGAUUUUAAGAAGAUCGACCUAAAGCCUUUGCCCAACAUGAACCCAAGAUUUCGGGAGAUACUGGACCGAGUGUGCAAGAAGUGCUAUGAUGAAUUAUCUCCUAGUCCUGCGGAGCAACACAAUCGAGAGCAAAUCCUCAUUUACCUUGAGAGAUUUAUCCGGAAGGAGUUUAACGGAAACGCCAGACUGUGCUUGUUUGGUUCGUCCAAGAAUGGAUUUGGGUUUCGGGACAGUGAUCUUGACAUCUGUAUGACCAUAGAGGGUCACGAAAAUGCACAGAAACUAAAUUGUAAAGAAAUAAUUGAAGGAUUGGCAAAGGUUUUAAAACGACACCCGGGCUUAAAGAAUAUUUUACCAAUAACGACGGCCAAGGUCCCAAUCGUGAAGUUUGAACACAGGGAAAGUGGAGUAGAAGGAGACAUCAGUUUGUAUAACACCCUGGCUCAGCACAAUACCCGGAUGCUGGCUACGUAUGCAGCCAUUGACCCAAGAGUGAAAUUCCUAGGGUACACAGUCAAGUUCUUUGCUAAGCGCUGUGAUAUUGGUGACGCAUCAAGAGGGAGUUUGUCUUCCUAUGCUUACAUCCUCAUGGUCCUAUAUUUCCUCCAACAGAGAAAUCCACCCGUCAUACCGGUGCUACAAGAGAUUUACGACGGGCAUGUGAUUCCACAGAAGAUGGUGGACGGUUGGAAUGCCUUUUUCUUUGAGAAUACUGAAGAGUUGAGAAGCCGGUUUCCACCUCUGGGACAGAAUACAGAAUCUCUCGGGGAGCUGUGGCUCGGGUUCCUUAGAUUUUACACAGAAGAGUUUGACUUUAAGGAGAAUGUCAUCAGCAUUAGGCAGAAAAAAUUGCUCACGACCUUUGAGAAACAGUGGACGUCUAAGUGCAUCGCCAUUGAAGAUCCAUUUGACCUCAAUCAUAAUCUUGGAGCUGGAGUCUCAAGAAAAAUGACUAAUUUUAUCAUGAAGGCAUUCAUUAACGGAAGGAAGUUGUUUGGAACCCCAUUCUAUCCACUGGCUGGGUUCGAAGCAGAAUACUUUUUUGAUUCCAAAGUCCUGACAGAUGGGGAAUUGGCACCUAAUGAUAGGUGUUGUCGGGUAUGUGGCAAGAUUGGCCAUUAUAUGAAGGAUUGUCCCAAACGAAGGAGGAUAAAGAAGAAAGAGAAUGAGAAAGACGAUGACAAGGACAAUAAAGAGGACGAGCGGGAGCUCAGAGAGAAGAGGUGCUUUACCUGUGGGGAUGUGGGUCAUGUACGAAGGGACUGUCCUGAAAACAACACAGCGCGGCAGAAGAGCAACAGCAUUCUGGCAUCUCAGAUCUUGAGCCUCAUUGUCCCGCAGCCCGUUCUCACCCCUUUACAACAGAUGGAGCGCCCAACGCGCACACGGCAGGCUUCAGAAUCGUCUGAAUCCCAUCACUCAUCGUAUUCUCCACAGCCUCAGACAUUUCCACAAAACAACAUGGGCCAGACGCAGUCUCAGACAAAGCUAAACCAGCAGCUACCGCAGCCAAUACCGAAUCCUCACCAGGUUCAGCGGCCCAUGUUUAACUUUCCACACUCUCCCCCCACUCACUUUUCUCCUCUGCACAAACUUGGGUUACUCCCUCUGCCUCCACAGAUCCCUAUUCACAACAACUCUUGGCCUAUCCAUGGCCAGAUAAUUCGCUCCUCUUCUGGGAACCCCCCUCACUCCAGUGGUGUCGCCUAUCCAGCCAGAUCUGGCAGCAGCACCUCAACCACUAGUCAAAGUGCAGUUAAUCUGAACGACCCCAGCAUCAUUUUUGCAGGGCCUGCUGCCAGGUCUGUAGGCAUUCCUAAUUCUUCUCACGAUGGACAUUGGCACAAUUCCCAGGCACCCAACUCACUGGUGAACAAAGGAAACGUGGGGGGCACAGAGCAAGGAUUCCAAGGACAGUUUGGGAAGCCCUCACUUCCCUGGGAGCGCGGGACUCCUCCUCAUUACCCUUUGAUUCCUGGAUCUUGGCCUUACAGCUUACACCAGAAUUUCCUGCAACAGGCACCUGCCGGCUUUCAUUCCAAGGCCUACUAUCCUCCAGCUCCUUCAUUAAUACAGAAUGGGCCCCAUUUCUCAGUCUUAUCACAAGGACACCCGCACCAGAACUCCAGUUACAUCCAGCAAAAGAAAUAAAAGCAAAAGAAAAAAAAAAGAAACUUUUGCGACAACCAUUUUUAAAACUUUGUUUCUAGGUGGAGCUAGAACUUUUAAUAUGUAACAUUUGUAAAUAUAGUGUUAGUUGUACUGGAA